AUGAAUAAAGAUUACUUGGUUGGUGCUUAACAACUAAAUCACCAGCACCUAAAUAAAAAUUAUUACCGAACUAACGAAGAUGAAAUCCAAACAGUUGAUACUACUUGCAUCCUGCAAAGCUAUACAAAUGCCGGUUUACAUUCAGAUAGCUACUUAGCCUAGAGAUAACUUAUUCCAAGAAAUCAUUUAAUCUACUCCAAUAGUCAGAUUGGCCAUCAUAGAUCAAACCAUGAGCUGUUCGACCCAGACAUUUAUAGUAGUAUUAAAAAGCAGGCUACCUCGUAAAUCAUUUAGAAUGAGGAAAUGGAGAAUGAGAUUGGCGACGAUAGACUUUUCUUUUCUCAUUAGAAAGAUGAGUUACCACAGAAUCUGACUCUACAAACUAAUUCUUAUGCUAUUAAUGCUUAGAAUCUAUAAUAAACUAGCCAGUAUUAAAAUCCUAACAACAAUAGCUAUGAACAUGUUCCUCUUAGUGAUGACUAAUUAGGUGAUUCACAAGUCAAUGAAUCUAUUAAUGAAGACUUGCAAGUUGAAGAAUUUGAAGAUUCUUAACUAAUAACUUAAGUUUAACUAUUUCAAUAACAGCAACUUCAUGAAGAGAAAUAGAGUAUGAUAAAACAAAAAAGACAUGAAAUUGAUAUUAAAAUUUAGACUCUCUAAGAAAGAGCUAACAUUAUAAUUAAAAAGUCCUACAUCAAAAGAUCAAAACUUGAAACAUAGAAGCAAGACUUGAUUGAUAGGAAAAUCUAAGCAGAGUAGAGACUCCAGUCUUUAAUAAGGAUAUAGGAGUCGUUGGAAGAAAAGCUACAAGAUUAGUUGUAGGAUUUCAAUCAAGUGAAAAAUACAAAGGAGGGUGAGAUGACUAUAAUAAUCUAGCCAAAAAGAAAUUAAACUUUUCAGUUGCAGCAGGAUAUAGAAAUUAAUAAUGCUAAAAUUCAGCAGAUAGAGAAGUAGAUUUAAGCUAUUCAACAGGAAAUAUGGAAUCAAGACUAGCUAUUAUUAGUUCUUAAUCAAGAAAUAGAUAAUUUGCUGCAAUAAAGUGGAGAAUAUCUUUAGAUAUACCAUCAAAUACAAGAUUAAAAGUAGAAAAUAGCCGAGCAUUAAAAUAAAAUUGAUAAAAAGCAAUUAGAACUAGAGUUGAACAUGAAUAUUAAUAGGAAAUUUUCUAAUAACUUAAACUUUCUAAAUGAUACUCGCAUUAUGAAUGUAGGAAGAGGCGAAGAAUAAUAGCAUCAUGAUAGAAGAGUCAAAAUCGCAUAAAUAGAAAACAUUCUAGGAUAACAUGGCUUUUAUGAUUACAUUGUUUAAUAGCAUACUACCAAAUGCGAAAUGAUGAUAUUGGAAAAUUAGAAUAGAUUACUUGAAAGCAAAUUAAUUGAUCUUUAGAAUGAGAAGAAUUUAACUGAUAUGAUGAUACAAUCUAUAGGUGAGUAGUAGAUGAAUAAUCUACAAGUAGUCAAGAUAUUCAAUGAUAUUAAAUAUAAAAAUAAACUGUUGAAAAUGAAAGUUAAAUUGCUUGAUAAAGCUCUGGCUUAAAACUAAAAAACUCUUGAGCUUCAUAAGUAAAAAUUGGACUAUGAAUAUAACGCAAACUUUUAUCAGGGCGAUCAUCGAUUGUUCAACAAUUUCCUAUUUCUAAAUAUUAAUCCUUAGACAAUGCAAGACGAAAAAUACUAUCUUGAUUUAUUUGAAAAUUACAGAUCUCUUAUUCUUCAGUUCAAUGAUCCGCUUAAUGUAAUUAGACUAGAAUAGUAAAUAAUCUAGAAAUAAAAGCCUUAGAUUCACAAAACUAUAAGUAUUCUAGAAUUCCAUUAUUCUUUCUUGACGGACUCACUUUAAAAAAGUAAAGGUUUAGUAAAGCAAGAGAGAUUCAAGCUACAAUAGCUUUAAAAACUCUUGCCAAUAGUUGAGUAAAAGAUAUCGCAUGUUCUCUUCAGCUAGUAUAUAGAAAGACACCAUGAUGAAAUUCAAACAGUCAUUAAAACAUAUGGAAAGUAAAACUUUGAAAAGAAAAAGCAUCAGCAACUUGAGGAAUUUCAUAAGAUAAACUGCCAAAGACUUUAAAAGGACUAUGAGAUGAUUGACAUUCUAAUGAAUAAGAAGAAUGACAUCAUCAAUAAUUAGAGAAUGUAUAAGAUUAAAGAAUAAAAAUAACUAGAAGAUAAGACUACUAACAUUCAAGCAAAGAUUAUUAAGUUCUAAGAUGAGAAGGAGAUGCAUAGUAGGGACAGUGGUAAUAAGAGGUAUUUAAUCGAACAGAUAAAGCAAUAAGUUUAGAGUGCUAAGAGACAUAUUGAUGAUCAACUCAAAUGUGUGCUUGAUCAGGAGGAUCAUAAGUAUGGAAUUAAGGAGAUAUAUUAAAAGCUAAAAGAGAUAAUGCAAGUGGAAGAAGAGUCAAAGGAUGUGAUAGAACAAUGCGAAAGAUAAAUAGAUGAGAUAGAUGAUUUUGAAAAGUAGUGUCAAUAAAAGGCUGAGAGUUAAAGAGAAAUUUGCCAGAGAUAGCUAGAAAUUAUGCAAUAGCUAAAAAAGGAAAUAGACAUAAAUAUGAUAAAGGAACAAUUAGGAGCACUAAAUGGUGAGCUUAGUCUCAUUGAACAAAACAUAGAUGAAGUUAUAAACAUUGAUGUUGACAAGAUUAUCAACUCACUCAAUGAAAAUAUACCACUCAGCACAAUACGAAUUCCUUAGUUGCCCCCUAUAUAAAGAGAGGAGGAUUAGAAGUAAGUUAAAUCAAUCUGCAAGCAUUUAUAGUAGGUGUAUGAAUUCCAAAACAUCAACAGUAAGCAAGAAUUUGACUUAUUUCAAGCUAUUGCUCCCUUACUAGAGGGUUAUAAAAUUAGUAUUUAGAAGAAGUAAUAUUCCUAAAAUUAGAAAUAUAAAAUGGUAUAUGAAGAUAAGUACUUCAGAAUUUCUAAUGACUUUACUAGAUUUGAGAUAAGAUCCCUCGAUGAUUUGAUGUUUCGAGUAGACUCUUUUUUCAAGAUUCAGUAACUGAAAAGCAUCAAAAUUACCAAUCAGACUUAAAUUACUCUUAGGAAACUUCAGUUAGAUUUCUAGGACUUAACCUCACCUAGUAGAUAAUCUCAAGAAAACAUAUCAAUUAACAGAAGGUCAAUAACUAGGCCAAUGACAACAAAGAAUUUCAACAAUAGAUCUAAUAAUCUAGCAAGUUUCAGCGAUUCUCAUAGCUGUAAUGGCUAGUUCUCAUCAAUGACAAGAGGGGGCUACUCUACAAAAUCUCUGGCUGCAAACUAUAAUUAGUAAAAGUCAGUUGAUAGAUAAAGAAAUUAGUAUAUCCCACUAAGAAAUCAAACUGAAGCAGAAAUAUCUUUGACAAGUCAAAAUUAAAAUCUUUAAUAGAAUGGAUAUUCAUAAGCUCAAUCCUAAAGUAAUCACUCUUAAUAAAUUUGGAAUGAAAACUAUUCAGAAGAAAGCUUUGAAUUUAUAAUGAUUUUAAGUGAUAAAGAAAUAAUUGCAAAGACUCAGGACUAUAACGAAUUCAAGAGCCUAAUUCAAACUUGCAAAAAAUUAAUAGAAAAGAAGAAGCAUCUUAUGGAUUUAAUAGAAACUGGAGAAAUUAAAUAGAAGAUGAGAAUAUUCAAAAUAUGA